AUGAUAGAGGAGACAAAGAGACAAGUAGUCUCAGCACCAGCAAUCCAAACCUUCAGUGAAGUGGUUAAAGGAGGUUUAAAGCCGGUUAAGGAAUUGGAAAUGAAAGAUGAUGAGUUCUCCUCAACUGAAGAAGAAGGGAAUAGCUUGGAGGAAGAGGAAGAGGAACCUAAAAAAGGUCACAACCGAAGAACACUGCAGAAGAGCCAACAGCCGGAUAUUAGGAUAGAAAAAGUGGAUAGAAUUGUUAAUUUCAUCCUCAAUGAAGCUGCUUUGAAGGCAUUAAGACACCCCUUAUGGGAUACUUUAAUCGUGAAAUUAUUAGGGAGGAAAAUCUCAUUACCAGUCUUCAAUUUAGACUUUGCACUAACAGAAGGCUCCUGUAAAAUUUUCGAUCACUAUCUAGCCAUUAGGUCAUGGAAACCAAACUUCAACCCAAUCGAAGCCACAAUAGAUACUAUUGCAGCAUGGAUGCGAUUACUCGCUCUGGCGAUUGAAUAUAAUAAUGAAGAGAUACUCAAGAAGAUUGGAAAUGUGAUUGAUCAGACUAUGAAAGUGGAUGUAAAUACAGCAGAUAAAUCAAGGAGAAAUUUUGCGAGGCUGUGUGUGCAACUGGAUCUCACAGCUCCCUUGGUGGCGCAAUACUCAACUAAUGGAGUGAAGUAUGGAGUGGAAUAUGAAGGAUUAUAG